AUGAAUUCAAAAAAGAGAGAAGGAAGUGGACGGAAAUUUCGAAAUUUGUUAAAUGCAUUGAAGUCUCAUAUAGCAGUGUUGGAUAAUCGCCUGAAAAGGGAUGAAUGUGCUGAUAAUCCGUGCAGGAAUGGAGCAACAUGCAUUGAUCUGUACAACAAAUUUAUGUGUUUAUGUCCAUCUCAUUUUGAGGGUGAAACAUGCGAAAAUCGUGUAGACGAAUGCAGUCUUUAUCAGGGAACACCAGCCGGAUGUCAGAAUAAUGCAUCUUGCAUUUUGAAAUCGAAUGGAUUUCACUGUGAAUGCCAGCAAGGUUUUCAUGGAACUUUAUGUCAGCUUCGAGCAACAGCAUGUGAAUUUUCAUUGGAUUUAUGUGGCCCUGCUGGACAUUGCAUACCAACUCAACCGGAUCCAGAAUCUAAUGAACCUGGUUAUCGUUGUCUUUGUGAGUGGGGUUAUCGUUCUUCCACUGACAAAAACAAUCCGGUUUGUGAAGAUGUAGAUGAGUGUGAGUCAAAUCCAUGUUAUCCUGGAACAGCUUGUAUCAAUUUGCCCGGUUCUUUCAAGUGUGCUGCUUGUCCACCAGGAUUGACUGGGAAUGGAAUGAUUUGUUUGGAUAUUGAUGAAUGUGCAGAUGAGGAUCUGGAAACUUGUUCUAAAGACCCGCCAGUGAAAUGUAUUAAUACUAUUGGCUCCUAUGAAUGUGCACCCUGUCCACCAGGCUAUAAGGGCAAUGGCCACAUUUGUAAAAAGCAGAGCCCAUGUGAGCUAUCUCCAUGUCAUUCGAAAGCUAAGUGCUAUAAUAUGGGGAUGACCUCAUUGAAUGAGGAAGGCUUCCGAUGUGAAUGUCCCGCUGGAAUGAUUGGUGAUGGCAUUGGUACUGAAGGUUGUUAUCACUCGAAUGUAACACUUUGCCGUACUGAUACAUGCUAUAAUCAAGGAACAUGUCAGAUAAUCUCGGAGGAAGAAUACAAAUGUCACUGUAAAUGGGGCUAUGUUGGUAAACACUGUGAAGUAGCCAGUGCUUGUCUAAGUAAUGUUUGUCGGGGUCGUGGUGAAUGUAUAAUCAAGAAGGAUGGAUCAUCUGAAUGCAUAUGCUUGAGGGGUUAUUAUGGUCCAACGUGCGAAUAUGAAGAAGAUGGUUGUGGUGGCCACAUAACAAAUGCAACGGGUGUAAUCAAAUACCCAGACUGGGCAUGGUAUCAUUUUGGUCGCAAUAAAACAUGUGAAUGGAUCAUUACGAUUAAUGAGCCAAAUAAAGUGAUUGAGAUAAACUUUACAAGUUUUCACUUACCAACUAGACCAGCAACAUGUGCCACGGCUGAUACAAAUGUUACUUUACGUGAUGGAGAUCAUGCAAAUAGUCCAUUAGUAGGCGUAUUUUGUGGUCCAAGAGGAUCUACCACGGUUCCAGUUUCUCGUCCAAUUUAUUUUUCAUCAAACAAGGCGUAUAUUGCGUUUGUUUCUGGUAAAAGUAGUAUUGGGAUUGGUAAUUUUGCAUUACAAUGGAGGAUUGUCGAGAAAAAAUGUGGUGAACGAAUCUAUAGCGAUGAUGGACAAAUAUCACUUUAUGGUUAUGAGAAAAACGAAGUUUGCCAGUGGCACGUUUCUGUUAAUCCAAAAAUGCAUAUUGAAAUUACCGUGGAACCGAUGAAACUUGCUUCAGGCAACAUUCGAAAUUGCUCAGUAAACUCGCUGGAGUUCUUUGAUGGCCUCGAAAUUGACGAGACAGAACGCAUAUUACAUUUGUGCAGUAGUGAGUCGACACGAACUUUGGUGCGUACGACACUACCAUACUUCACGGUUUACUUCAGGAGCAAUUAUCCUACUGAUUUCCCAAAAGAAGAUUGUAACGAUGAUUCUCUUUGCAGUCGUGGUUUCACUAUUCGUUUUAGAACUAUUAAACUUGAUAAAGAUUGUGGGGGUACAAUUUUGCCGGAUGCUGAUGGUUCGUUUGAAGGUUAUAUUCAAUCACCGAAUUAUGGUUUCAAUUAUUUUCCAAAUUUGGAUUGUUUAUGGCUGCUUGACGCUUCUUCUACCGCUAAUGCAAAAACGUCUAAUUUUCGAUUUUCUCUUUUGGAAACAACCGGUCCAUACCAGCGCUUGCUAAAUCUCAUAAGACCGUGUCGCUUUGAUUACAUUACGUUCAGAAAUGGUGAAGAUGCAUCACAUCCUAUGCUGGGACGUUACUGCAACAGUAAACGACCCGAAGGUCCGGUUGUAUCAUCGGGGCCAAAAAUGGUUAUACAGUUUCAUUCGAAUCAAUCCAUUAACGGAAAAGGAUUCAAAAUUUAUUAUUCUGCUGUAUGCGAAAAGCAUUUUACAUCACCGAAUGGAACCAUUCAAAGUUCCAAUUAUCCGAAUGGUAGUAAUCAACCAUUUAAAUGCACCUAUGUUAUUAUUGCUGAAAAAACAAAAGCAAUACGACUGAAAUUCAAUUUUAUUGGAUUAAAUACGGAUAUUAAAACAUGUUUUUAUGAUGUCAGCAAGCAUAAUCUAUUGGAAGAUUAUGUCGAAUUUUCGGGUGGCCAUGAUUCACAUGAUCAGAUCAAUAAACGAUACGUUUGCGCUCGAUAUCCUUUUGUUGCACCCGACGGAGAAAUGGUUACAAGUGCUUCAAGGCCGCUAAGAAUCACUUUGAGUUCAAGUGGAAUUGCUAAUAAGGGCAUAUUUUUCUUAUACGAACAGUUUGAUAUAGGUUGCGGUGGAGUAUUUGAAGGAGAAUCAGGCCAAAUAACAAGUCCGAACUACCCAGAAAAAUAUCUGGCGCAUAUGUACUGCAUAUAUGUGAUUAACACACUGGGAAAACGAAUUCGGCUGACAUUUCGAGUAUUUGAAUUAGAGGUUGUACCGAAUCGAGAAGAUUGCUCCUUUGAUAGCAUCGAAAUUUAUGACACCUAUGUAAAUGAAAAUGAUCACAGCAAAUUACAUGGAAGAUUUUGUGGCACAUUACUUCCGCCUCCAAUUUUAUCUACUGGAAAUCGGUUAACCGUUCUAUUCAAGAGCGAUCGUUCAGUAAAUGGCGCUGGUUUUGUGGCCAAAUGGCAAGCUGUUGAUGAUAAGACCGAUUGUCACAGAACAUAUACAGCCACAAGUGGUAGAAUUAUAAUUCGUGCCGAGACAGAGAUGAAAUUUGUGCAGUGUGACUAUCAGAUUGCGUUGCAAUCUUCGAAAAGGAUUCUUCUUCGGUUUGAAAAUAUAUCAGCUCCUUGCGAUGAAGGAACAUUAAUGUUGAGGAAUGGAGUAAAUGAACAAUCGCCUGGUUUUGGUGGACUUUUCCGUGAUUCUGAAGUAUGUGAUGAUCAUUUCGUUAGAGAAUUACGCUCUCAAGGCAAUCAUUGUGGAGGACGUUUGGAUGGUUUUAAUGGUGCUUUAUCAGCUCCACAAUAUCCACUAAAAGAUUCGCGGACUUUAAACUGUGACUGGCAUAUCUCUGUUGCUGAAGGUAAUCGAAUCCGCUUCACCAUUACAGUGCUUGAUGAUUUGAAUUCAGCUGAUUCAAAUGGCUUUUGUUCAUCAUUUGCUCCAAAUUACAUUGAUGUUGCUGAAGGUUCCUCGAUAUCUGCACGUAUACUAAGGCGUUAUUGCAAAAAAGACAUUUCAUUGUCAUCGGUUGAUUCGGAAAAGAACGAAUUAACAAUUCGAUAUCGUCAACAUGGUGGAACCCAUUUUGGUUCACUUUUUGGAUUUCUUGCAUAUUACACUACUGUAUGCAAUGAAAUCUUGUUGUUUGGCCAACAUGGUGUCCUUCAAAGUCCAGGUUACCCAGAACGAACUCUUGAAAAUCGUUUCUGUAAAUGGCGGAUACAAACAACAAAAGGAAAUCGAUUACGAUUGAUCUUCCAUUUCUUUAGAAUUACAGAAUCCAAUACUCGUUUUACAUCGUCUUGUCGUAUCAAUUAUCUUGAAUUUGGCGAAAAUCAAAUAUUGGAAUCCUCAAUAACAAUCGGUGGUCAGCAGAACCACACAAAAACAAUGCAAAAAUUCUGUGACAGUGUCGGUAAACCAAUUUGGAUUUUAACGAAGAAUGAAGUGAUCGAUAUUACAUUUUCUUCAAAAACCGAACCCGAGAAUCAUUUCUGGCUUUCAUGGUCAAAUGAAGGUUGUGGUGGUGACAUUACUUCACCAAUGACUGUAAUUGUUAAUAUCGAAAAACUGGUAAAUAAUUCAAAAAUUUACGAAUGUACAUGGAAAAUUGUUGCACCUAUUGGAAUGCGAAUACUAUUUCAUAUUGAGAAACUUUCAAUAUUUGAAAUUACUAAAGGCUGCACUGAAAAUGAUGUGGAACAAUUCAGCGGUCUUGCUUUUUACUCAGGUACAAGCAAUGCAACCGGUUUUGCUCAAAAAGUUAUUUGUUCUAGUAGGGAAGAGGACAAUUAUACGUCACAUACGAAUGAAUUAUUUGUAAAAUUCAAAAUUCCCAGCAAACUUGCUAAACCAGAUAUGAAAAAACAUAUCAUGAGAGGGAAAAUAUCAUUCAUACUUGCAAAGACAGAUGAUGAAUGUGGAGCUGUUAUCGAGAUGAAACGGAAUAAAACGAUUCAAUUACACUCACCAAAUUAUCCAAAUAUUUAUCCGAAAUCAAUUGAGUGUAUUUGGUUGAUAAAAGCACCAAAUGGCUAUUCGAUUCGGUUUAAUUUAACGCAUUACACGACUUUAAAUUAUCAUCCUCAACGACCAGAUAUAAAAACAUGGAGUUCGAACUUUGCUGCAAAUAUUACGUGCCAAAACUCGCAAAGUAUGCUUGAAGGGUCGAUAACAUUUUAUAAUGGCAAUAAUACUAAUGCGGAAAUAUUGGAACGUUUCUGUCACAAUUUGAAGCAACCGGAAGUUGUUACUUCAACAACCGAACAGGCACUGAUCACUUUCCAAGGUGGUCCUUAUGAACGAGCAUAUUUAUCUGGAGAUGAUGAGCGUGCUCAUAAUAUCGGUUUUGUGUUAUACAUAUCUUUAGCGUGUGGUGAUACACUGCAUGCCGAAAAUGAACUUAAAACAUUUCAAAUGCAUGCUAUCGGAGAAGACGAAUGCAAAUUCCUUAUCAAAGCCAAAGAUGGACAACGCGUAUACCUUCGUCUUGAUCAGUUACGUUUUAGCAAACAUAAAACUCUUAAAGCUAGCGGUAAAACUAACGCUAUCGUUGCCAUCUAUGACGGAGCACAAGAGGACGCAUCCAUUCUUGGAAUGCAAGUUCUUCUGUAUUCUCUUGUUUUGAUUGCGGAUGGACUUUAUAAUCGAAAUUAUCGAGCUCUGAUCUUGCUUGAACAUUCUUUGCAUAUUUCAAGGUAUCAUCUUGAAUGCAAUCCUUCAAUCUCAGAACAAAUGUCACGUGCAUGUGCUAAUCGUGAAUUACGUUCGACAGGCAGUAUUCUCAGAGUACAUUUAAAGGGAUUGCAUUUGGAACACAUUCACUUCUCUUAUUCUACGGAGAUUGAAACUUGUGGUGGUACCAUUCAUUCGAUCAGUGGAAUCAUAUAUUACCCGUUUAUUGAGGAUGAUUUUGAAUGUGAAUGGUUCAUCAAUAAUACAGAAGGAAAUAAAGUGGAGCUCGAAAUCUACAAAUUGAAAUUACCUUUUUCGGAAUAUUGCGCAGAAUCCUAUUUGGAGGUACGUAAAAGCAAUAGUAGCGGAAAAAUUGUGACAAGAGGUUGUUCCUUGGAAGAUGUAAUGCCAACGAUGACUAGUCGAGCGUUUUGGAUAAGACUGAGAUACAGUGGCAGUGAGGAUGACAGUAGUGAUAUCGAAGCAUUAAAACCGGAAUUAAUGAUUAAAUUUAAAAAGGUGUUUGGCGGCGUGACAAAUGACGCAGUAGUAAGUUCACCUGCAACUGAAGAUUGGAAAUCAAUGAAUUUUGCACCACUGGAAUGGACACUGAUUGGUGAGGACGAUCAUUGGUUAAGAAUUUCAAUCAAAAAUAUUGAAAUACCGGAUGAAAGAGAUGAAAAUAAUAUGGAUAUCGAGCAGAGGGAUGCUUUGAAAGGACUUGUUUUCAAUGAAGGGAUUUGCACGUUGAGCGGUGAUAACGAUGGUUGUGGACGAGUGGAAUUUGUCCAUGCGGGAUAUAUACCACCAAAUGAUUUCCUUAUUAAAUCACACUUGGCCACGGUUUUAUUCAAUGCACCACCGGGAAGCUCAUUUCGAUUUAUUUGGGAAAAUAUUCCAGUUGCUAUAGCUAAUGCUUCACUUCCAAAAAUAAAUCAUGCAAUUACUGAAGGCUUCAUGCAUGAAUUCACUUGCGGUGGCACCCUUACGGCAACAUUUAAUUCGCAGUAUCUUACAAAUCCGGGUGGAACGUCUACAGACGGUAAAUUCACAACCGUCCUUCCGCCUACAUCAACUGCAGGAGUAUGGCGAUCUAUUAAUAUCCAUCGCUUCUCGAGAUGGAAUGGAGGUUACGCGAAUAACUUAAAAUGUCGAUGGACAAUAAUUCGACCAAUAUUUGCCGGUAUUAUGCUUAAAAUAAUUUCAAUGGAUCUUGAGGAACAUGCAGAUUGUCGUUUUGAUUAUGUUGCCAUUUCAUCGGAUUUAGGCGGUGUUGAUUAUGAGGAUGGACAACUUAUCGGUAAUGUUGCUAAAUUUUGCAAACACAAGGAUGUGGGAAAGGAAGAGUUAUUCACCUCGGAAGAAGCUGUUACAAUCUUUUUCUUGACAGAUCGGAAUAGAGGAGGUCGAGGAUUUGUCAUUGAAUACAAACUGGUUUGUCAAUCAUUUGAUUACCUACCAGUAUCUUUGGGUGUUUUUGACCGGGUCGUGCAAAGUCCAAAUUAUCCCAAUGAAUACGGUAACAAUUUGUCAUGCUCGUGGUCAAUCAUGCUGGAAAGUAAUCGACCAAUUUUGGCCAAAUUUCUUACUAUGGAUAUUGAGGAUAGUCCGUUGUGUAGAAAGGAUAGCGUCAUUGUGCGCUCCAAUCCUAUCUAUCUGGAUGAAACAGCUAAUGAUAAAUUAUGUGGCAGUCUAUCUGAAUGGAAUAAAACUUUCUCAAAUGGAAGAAUUGUUAUUGGCUUCACAACUGACUCCAACACUACCGGAAAAGGCUUCGCAUUGCAAUUGACAGAACAAAUUCAUGACUGCAGUUCAGAUGGGCUUAUCUUAACUGAAGGCGAUCCUCCAAAAAUACUCAGUUCACCAGGAUUUCCAAAAACAUCAUUAAAAUCUUUGGACUGCAUUUGGACAAUCAGCGCAUCCAGCGGGCAUCGCAUAAAAUUUACUGUUGAUCCAGUCAGUUUCAAUCUUGAAGAGAGUUCGAGGGAAGAUGGAUGUUUUGGUAAUUACUUGGAAAUUCGAGAUGGUCCUUCAAAAUUAUCGCGGUUAAUAGGGCGAUACUGUGGAAAAGAACCACCAAGUACUAUCUUCAGUACCGGAUCCUAUCUAAACAUUCAUUAUCGAACAGAUCCAUUUGCUCAUUUUUCGGGCUGGAAUGCUACUUAUGAAAUUGCAUCAUGUGGAGGUAGUGUUGUUAUUGCUAUGAAUGAAAACCGUGUAAUUACUAGUCCUAAUUAUCCUGAACCUUAUCCGAGUCAAACUACCUGUGAUUGGACUAUAUUUGCUCCACGAGGACAUUACGUCAAUGCAACGUUCGAUCAUCUGUGGAUUUUAUUUACUGAAAAUUGCACGGAAGACAGUAUUGCUAUACGAGAACGAGAUGGUACUGGCGAAUACAUUCUGAAACCGACAUGUGUAUCGAACGCAAUACGUGGUAAACACUUCACAUCAUCUCAAAAUAUUAUGGUUGUUUCAUUCCGAUCAAACAAUACUGUGGGCCGAUCGAGUCGUUUGUUUUGCUUGGAAAGGAAAUGCGGUUUUCAUCUUAGUUUAGUUCCCAGCAAAAUAGAAUGUGGAGGAGAUAUAAGUGAUAGUUCUGGCUACAUUACCAUUCCCGGUUAUCCGGAUCAGCUUCAGGCACACAUUGUAUGUGAUUGGAUAUUUCGAGCAGGAAUUGGCUUCCGUUAUGUUUUCGACUUUGAAUUCGUCAAGCAAGAGACUACAUACAACGAAGUUGGAUGUUAUCCGGAUAUCGAUAUUGCUAAUGGUUUGAACAGAUUGGUAGAUUAUUAUGGUUUUGUGAAUCGUAUUUUUUGUUCGAAUGAAACACGAUUUGUAUCGACAGCAGAUUUAAUCACGAUGCGUUAUAAUGAUCGAGCUUCUAUGUAUGAAAAACAAAAUAUGCGGGAACGUGGAAUAACGUCUGAGAAAAUUUAUGCUCCGUUUCGAAUCUCCUACUUCAAGGUGCCAGCUGAAUUCGAUGAAAAUGUGUGCAUGUACCACGUGAAAAAAAAUGAAACAAUUGAAGUGAAAAGAGCAAAAGUUUCGAGGCAUCCAAUCGCCACAUCACCUGACAUCGACUACUGCCAUCUACUCAUAGACCGGCAAUUUCUGGCGGGCACUACAGUAUUACAUUUUAAUAAUUUUUCAUCCUCUGAAAGCUCAUUUUGGAAUCCUAAUAGUAGAUGCUUGGAUACUGAAAGCUAUGUGCUUAUAACAGCGCUUGACAGUGAACCAUGGCCUUUCGAAGCACGCUUUUGCGACGCAUCCUUAAAAAAAACUGCUAAUUUCACGGUGGCACUGCCAUAUAGAACUUGCGGUGGUUUGAUUCAAGGCCCGGAAUCAGGUAUUUUAACAAGUCCUGGUUUUUAUGGAAAGGAGAAUAGCACUUAUGAACCUGAUACACAAUGCAUUUGGAGUUUGAAAGCUCCCGAAGGACGAAUUGUUAAGAUCAAAAUAACUGAUAUGGAUUUGGAAUAUAAUGUGGAAUGCAAGCAUGAUUUCUUGAAACUAUUUGAAGGAGGUGGUACUGAUGCAUCAUUGGUACAUAUAUAUUGCAAUAAUCCACAAGAUGAACCAAUACAAGAUCGAUUUAGAGAAGUGCGGUCCAGAGGACGAUAUCUAACACUUUAUUUUUUCACUGAUAAGUCUAUUGAGCGAAGAGGCUUUCGUCUGGAAUACAGUUUUUCUGGUUUUGAAGAUGAAUGUGGAUUUACGACAAAUCAUAUGUCAGGUACUGUAAUAAGCCCAAAAAGUCCACAUGAUUAUCCGAAUAAUGUUUAUUGUUUAUGGGAUAUUUCGGUACCAUUUGGUUAUCAUGUGGCAUUGUACUUUCAUCGUUUUGAUGUACAACAAUCGGAUGAUUGCAACAAGGAUUACAUUAAGAUAAGUCAGGAGCAUCACUCAAGAGCUUUGGCACCAGUUGGGAGUUAUUACUUCUUAUUUGACCAUGAAGAAGAAAUGAAAAAAAUUUGUGGUUAUGAAACACCUCGUGUGUUCCAUUCAGAAACUAAUCGUAUCAAAAUCGAAUUCAAAUCAGAUGAUAAAAUAACGGGAAAAGGAUUUAAUAUAACGUGGAAAUCAGAGUGCGGUACCACGUUUCGAUUGAACCAUGGUGUGGUUACAUCACCUCACUACCCCCGCUUUUAUCCAAACGAAGACAUGGAAUGUAAUUAUUUGAUAAAGCCCGAGUAUGAUGGUACACUUAUAAUCACGUUAAAGAUCCUUGACCUGGAACUUGACCCAUAUAUUUACGAUUAUAAUCGACAGCCAUGCAACACAGAUUUCUUGGAAUUAAGAGAUAUUUCAGCAAAACGUGUUAUUGAUACAUUUUGUGCGAAUCGUGAUAUUAGCGGUGAAAUAGCUCCCAUAUCUGGACCAGUGGGUGUGCGUUUCCUGUCAAACAGAUCAGUCUUUGAAGAUCUCCUUAAUCAUCGUAAACAUCGCCGUGGUUUUAAAAUAUCGUAUGCUUUGUCAAAAUGUGGUGGUGAAAUUAAUUUUAAAGAAGAGAUGGGAUUGAUGUCAGCAGUUAUUUCAUCUCCUGGUUUUCCUCUGCCAUAUCAUCACAAUCUUGACUGCGUUUGGAACAUAUCUGCUCCUGAAAAACGUAUUCUUAGCAUCAAAUACACACAUUUGGAUUUGGAAGAAUCAUCCGAAUGUUUGUUUGAUUUUGUGGAACUUUUUGAUGGUUCACAAAUUAACAAUGCAACCAGUAUGGGCAAAUUUUGCGGCACAAUCGUCCCUUCUAAUCAAAUGUCAACAACUGGCCGAUUCUUGGUUGUAAGAUUUUAUUCGGACAGGAGCGCCAAUAAAGGAGGAUUUAGAAUCAUUGUAACUGCCUCUCUUGGUCCAGAUGGAGGUUGUGGUGGAGUGAUAAAUAUUGAUGGCAGUUACGAGCUUACAUCACCUUUGAAUCCAAAAACUGGCCAAUACUAUAACUUCUUGCGCUGUGGUUGGACAUUAAAAGCACCAAUAGGAAAAGUGCUGGAAGUACAGCUGCAAGAUUUAGAAUUGGAAGCUCCUGAUGCAGAAACAGAACGUUGUUAUGAUUACAUUGCGAUUUACGAUGGCUAUAAGACGAUAUCCCCUAUGUUACUAUCAAAUACAUGCAAAAUUAUGGGGCAACUCCCUUUGAUCAUGCGAAGUUCUUAUCGUAUCGUGCACAUUUAUUUCGAAUCCGAUUCCGACAAAACAUUCAAAGGAUUUACGAUAACAUUCAAGACUAUUGCAGGCAUGAUUUUCACACCAUGUGGAGGUCGAAGGAUUGCUACCACUGAAUCCGUUGAAUUGCAAUAUGAAAGUGAAAAAAUGCUUACGCGAUCAUUUCCGAAGCACCAACGUUGUCGCUGGAUAAUUUAUUCAAAGGAGCAAAUGCCUAUACGAGUUGACUUCAGUCAGUUCUCAUUUCCUUCUUCAACAUCCGAUUGUACCGAUGAAUAUAUGGAAAUACGUGAUGCUGGCACACCUGCUGAUUGUCAUCAUCCUGCUUGCCGUGAUACGAGUAAUGGACUGCAGACUUUUCGAUUAUGUGGUAACACACUCCCCGCUGACUUUAUUUCAGGGACAAGUGUUGUUCAGAUAACAACAUCUGCAAUUCUGCAGAGUGAACAUACCGCUAAAUUUCGUCUCUCUUAUCAAACGCUUAAUUCAUGUAAUCGAACAAUUGCUACCCAACAAUCAAUGACUGGUCACAUAACAAGUCCAAAUUAUCCAAAUCCAUACGACCAUAAUUCCUCCUGUUCUACUAUUUUAACAGCUUUAACCGGAUAUCACAUAUUUUUGGUUUUUAAGGAUUUUAAACUAGAAAAAGCUCGCCGAUCGUUUAAUGGUCAAUUAUCCACCUCUAUUCAGAAAAUGUUAGUCAGUGGACGAAGUUUUGGACCAUUUCAAAAUGUAAUUGACGGAUACAAUGGACUUUACAGCAAUAAAUUUUGUGAAUAUGACUAUAUUGAGGUAAUCGAUUCUUUUGAAAAUCGAACAGAAAGAUAUUGCGAUUACAAACUACCGCCCAGCUUUCUCAGCGCUAGUAAUACAUUAGAAAUUUAUUUCAAAAGCGACAGUACAAUGGCACCUGGUGGAUACGAUGCCUAUUAUUAUACUGUUCGACCAUCACUAUCAGAUAACCUAUCAUUCGUUUACUAUGACUUUGGUGUCAUAAGUGAGCCACAGGGUGCAGUCACAAAUGUUGGCUACCCAGGAUAUAAGAAUCUACAGAGAAUGAGAUGGAGAAUCGAUCCACCGAAUGGCCAUAAAUGUAAAUUAAUUCUUUUGACGAUGGAUUUCGGAAAGAACACAAAUAAUGAAUGCACCGAAGGCGAUCAUAUGGUGCUGGGUGAGAUCAGAUCUGAAGGAUCUGAGAAUAUACCACUCAAUUAUCUUCCUUGCAGAGAUGCUGUGAUCUUGCCGAAGGAGAUACCCAUCGAGCCUGGUACUUCAAUCCUCCUUGAAUUUUAUACCGAUGAUAAAACGACAGAUAAUGGUGAUGGAUUCAGAAUCGAAUGGACUUGUGAAAAUUAUAACAUUAUGCAAGUGUGA